AUGCCUACAUCGAAUGCAGCAACGCCGCGAGGUCAGGGUUCCGGAUUCUUUCCACCCGGUAUUGGAGGUGGCUUCUCUGGUGGCAGAAAGCGUCGCAGGAUUGAAACUGGGAUAGCACCCAUUAUGGAUCUGUCUUCUGAGCACAGCUCUCCUGAAGCGCACUCUUGCUCUCGUGGUGUUCUUCGACGCUCUUUUGGUGCUCCUUCUCGCUCCUCUGGUGCUCCUCCUCGCUUCUCUGGUACUCCUUCUCGCCCCUCUGGUGCUCCUCCUCGCUUCUCUGCUACUCCUUCUCGCCCCUCUGGUGCUCCUCUUCGCUUCUCUGGUACUCCUUCUCGCCCCUCUGGUGCUCCUCCUCGCUUCUCUGCUACUCCUUCUCGCCCCUCUGGUGCUCCUCCUGGCUCCUCUAGUGCUCCUUCUCGCCCCUCUGGUGCUCCUCUUCGCUUCUCUGGUACUCCUUCUCGCCCCUCUGGUGCUCCUCCUCGCUUCUCUGCUACUCCUUCUCGCCCCUCUGGUGCUCCUCCUGGCUCCUCUGGUGCUCCUUCUCGCCCCUCUGGUGCUCGUUGUCGCUCUUCUGGUACUCCCUCUCGCUCCGGUGAUUCUCCUCCUCGCUCCUCUGGUACUCUCUCCCGCCCCUCUCAGAUCUCAGCAAGAACUGUUGAGGCUCCACCUGAUGCCUACGCUGAACCGCCGUGCAAGUCUAAGCUAGAUUACGAGAAAUACGACACUUGCCCCAAAGAAAAUCGCCGCUCAAAGCCAAGCAGGGUGUGGGAGCAGUUUCAUGUCAUUCGGUGCAAGCGAACUGGGUUUGUCUACCCAGAGCGCGCGGUCUGCAAGAAAUGUGGACAGGUUUACUCUAUGAGGAAGCAAAAUACUUCGGCGCUUCUAUGCCAUAUCGACAACGGAUGCGACGAACAAAGGGAUCAGCCACCAAUAGCAUCGUACUUUUACCAGAAACGGAAGGUCAAUUCCAAUCAGAAAUCUGCUGUGAAUGCGGCGUUGGUUGAUCUGCUGGCAUGCGUGCCUGAAAAUAGGUCGGGCUUCGAUGCAUCGCAAGUCUUAUUUUGCCCCAAGACUCUUACUGACGACAUGUUGAAGAAAGGGGCGGACGCCACAGAGAAGAUUAAGAACCACCUAGCUCAGCAGCCAAAGCCAAUAAUGAUACUUUUCGACGGCUGGACCAGCCACCAUAAGCACGAGAAUGUGCUUGGAGUCACCACACUUUUGAAUGUUAACGACGUGCAGCGGAGCGUUCUUCUGGCACUGGAGACACCAGAGACCAUGACCGCUGAUGACAUUCAGGAAAGCUUGGAACGGGUAUGUUCUAGAUAUCAAAUCCCGAUAGAAAAGGUGCUAUUUGCCAGUGAUAGCUGUUCGGCGAAUACGGCGGCUCUCGGGCAAGGCAAUAUGGCCUCCGUGUGCUGUUUUGCACAUAUGGUGCAAAACGCCCUGAAGGCCGGGAUGACACACCCUGUGGACAAUGCGAUAGACAACUGCGAGGAUGCGCUACGCAGCAUGAACACUGGAGAGACUCUUGAAGCUUUUCUCGAGGAGCAGGCAACGGCUCCGGUCGAGUCGGUUCUUCUGACAAGCUCGCGCCUCGUUGCGUACUUCAAGAGGUCGAAGCUGAAUGGCAAGCUAGCACGUCUUGGAUACAACAAGUAA